AUGCCCAAUCCCUCGCCGCCGUCGUCGGCCUCGUCCUCUGUCGAGCGUCAGUACCAUGUAAACGGCAGAGCCGCCGUGGUUGCCUCCCCCGAGAGGAGUUCAGGAACACCGCGAAAGGAAAAACAGGGCCCAAGAGAGAGCUCCGCGCUGCAAGACCCGGGUUUGAAGGAUUAUCGUCUGGGAGAAUGUCUCGGCAAGGGAGCCUUUGGAUCCGUCUACAAGGCUUUCAAUUGGGGAACGGGCGAGGCUGUUGCCGUCAAGCAGAUUAAGCUCGCUGAUCUGCCCAAGAGCGAGUUGCGCAUGAUUGAGUCUGAAAUCGAUCUUUUGAAGAACUUGCAUUCAUAUGGCAAAUUCCCCGAGAACUUGGUCGGCGUCUACACAACACAGGUUCUGCAAGGAUUGCAAUAUCUUCACGAUCAGGGUGUUAUCCACCGAGACAUCAAAGGUGCCAACAUCCUCACCACCAAGGACGGCAAAGUCAAGCUCGCAGACUUUGGAGUUUCGACAAGCACACUCGCAGGCGGGCAAGACAAGGAAGCACAGGUCGUUGGUACCCCCUACUGGAUGGCACCAGAAAUCAUUCAACUUUCCGGCGCCAGCCCUGCGUCUGAUAUCUGGAGUGUUGGCUGCACGGUCAUUGAGUUGUUGCAGGGCAGGCCGCCGUACCAUAACCUUGCGGCUAUGCCCGCGCUUUUUGCCAUUGUCAACGAUGACCAUCCGCCAUUGCCUGAGGGCAUUUCACCGUGGAAUAAGGCUCUCAAAUCGUCCGAAAGCUCACUUAGGGCGUCCACCGGUUCCGACAGCGGGGUUCCCGGGAUGCAAGGUCAUCCCGGGUCGAGAUACAGUGCCAACGAACCACUACGACCGAGCCUGAUCACUCAGCCCAAAGGACCUCUGGCUCUCGCGAAACCGAGACGAACACCUGAAGCCUUCAGGUCUCCAGAGCUUGCUGAUGACGACAAUUGGGACAACGACUUCGCGACGGCCAUUUCACCGAGCGCACUGCACUUGCCUCAUUUGAAGCCGCAGGACAACUUUGGCGGAUUGCUCUCCGCAGAUAAGCUAAAAGCAUUCGCUUCGCUUACGGAUGCUCGCAACGACUCGGAAAGUUACGAUGACGACUUUGAAGGGGAACUGUUGACUAUCAAGGGGCCGGGGCAAUUUACAGAUUUCGACUUCCAGGAACAGACAAUUCGUCCGACACCUCGCAAGAAGAGCGACAAGUACCCAGAGCCGAUGAAGCAGCAAUCUCCGCCCAAGAAAAGUCCGCGAAAGGCUGGCCAUGCGAGAAACCCGUCUCGUCCUAAAUCUCCUGUCAAGCCGCAGCUAGGCCCCAGCAAGUUUGAGAUACCAGCUCCUCCAGAUCUGGCCUUCAGAGAGCAGAACACAGAAGACUACUCGGAUUUGUUCAUGGAAAACGAUUUCAACGAUGGUGGACUCAACCCUUUUAUCAAAAAGGUCGACUCUCCUCAACUAUUCCACCCUUCAGAUCUCACGAGCCUGCCUCGUUCGACACAAUCGCCCGUUCCAGGAAGCUCGAGAAGGCCGCCUAGCGCGAAGCUGCGGCCCUCAGUUUUGCCAGAUCGGCCCAUGCGAAGGACGAGAUCAUCGAUUGAGAUUCAAAAAUUUGCCGAGGACGAAGGCGACGAAGAUUUCUCCGACAUUUUCGGCCCAGAAGAUGCAGUCACAGAGAGGGAGGAGAGUGACAGGGGCUCAGAAGAUGGCGGCCUCAUGGUGUUAUCCAAGUAUUCCAACAACUCAUGGCUCGGAGACGACGAGGACGAGGAUGACCCUUUUGCUUCAAUGGACCCAGGGUGGGACGAAAUGGAUCUGGAAGCAAAUAUUGCCAGGGACAGACACGCCAGGCUGGCGGGAAAGGUGGAAGAGCUCGUGCGGUCUUUGAAAACCUCGGAAGGCGAGGAAAAGCUGUGCGAGCUAUCUGAAGACUUGCUCGCCCUGCUUUGGGAGAACACCGAGAUCAAAGAUCUCAUCCUUAGUGCUCAUGGCCUCUUGCCGAUUUUGGAGCUUCUCGAGCCGUGUACAGUUAAGAGCAGGCAGCAGAUGAUUCUGUCUCUCUUGAAGGUCGUCAACACUAUUAUUUUGGACGAUGUCGAGAUCCAGGAAAACCUCUGCUUCGUCGGUGGCAUUCCAAUCAUUACAAAAUUCUCUGCCCGGCAAUAUUCCAACGAAAUUAGACUCGAAGCAGCAGCGUUUGUUCGGCAAAUGUACCAGACGUCCACGUUGACCUUGCAAAUGUUCGUCAGUGCUGGUGGUUUGAAUGUCCUAGUCGAGUUCCUCGACGAAGACUUUGACGAUGCUCGGGAUCUAGUCUUGAUCGGCGUCAAUGGCAUCUGGAACGUCUUUGAGCUUCAGGGCCCCACACCGAAGAACGACUUUUGCAGAAUCUUUUCGAGAAGCAAGAUUCUCUAUCCUCUUGCUCUGGUACUCCACAGAGUCCUCGAUGAGGAGGGAGAAGAUGAGCUUUCCGAACUGAUAGAGGGCCGAAUCGUCAAUAUCUUUUACCUAUUUUCUCAAGCUGAGAACUAUGUCAAGGAGGUUGUCGCUGAUCGGCAAGUGUUGAAGAGCGUUUUGAAGGAUUUGCGACGAAUGACACCAAAUCAUCAGAUCACAAUGCUGAAGUUUAUCAAAAACCUUUCCAUGCUGUCUACGACGAUAGAAACGCUGCACACAGCUGACGCCAUUGAGUUUUUGAUUGACGUUCUUGGCUACAGCAUGAAGAGGGGACACCAGCAUUUCCGAGAGAUCUCCAAUCAGGUCCUCAACACCCUGUUCAACCUCUGCCGUCUGAGUAAGGAGCGGCAGGAGGACGCUGCUGUUGGUGGCAUCAUUCCUUUGCUCAUGAAGAUCAUGAACACAGAUCGGCCACCAAAGGAGUUCGCGUUGCCCAUACUAUGCGACAUGGCCCACUCGGGAAGCAAGGGUCGCAGAUACCUCUGGCAGAAUAAGGGGCUGGACUUUUACGUCUCGCUGUUGGCCGACCAAUACUGGCAGGUUACGGCGCUGGAUGCAAUUUUUAUAUGGCUUCAGGAAGAAACGGCAAAGGUCGAGAGCCACUUGCUCGACGGCAAGUUUACAGACGCAAUCGUUGCCUGUUUCCACACCAACAAGCUCAACUCUUUCGAUGCCAACCUAUUGGAGCCCCUAUUGAAGCUCCUGCGCUUGAGCCCCUCGAUAUCAGGCUCACUGGCCAAGCCGGAGAUGUUUGCCGGCAUCGGCCAGAGACUAGGCCACAAAAAGGCCGUUGUACGACUGAAUUUACUACGUCUCGUCCGCAACAUUAUGGACGCAUGCGAGCCAGAGAUGCUGGGCAUGGGCAACGGAAGCAGCUCCUUGAACGUCAAGCAAGUUAGGUCUCUGUUUGAUACGAUCCAAAUGCUGGCCGACAAGGACACUGCUGUGCUGGUUCGCAACCUCGCGUCUGAACUUGUCAAGUCGCACAACGAGAGCGAACUUUAUGAUAUGCCCUCGGAGAGAAAGGGCUCCUCUGGAUCGGUAGCCUCCCGGCGCUCGGGGUCCGGACCCAGACGGAAAUCAUCAUAUACCCCGCCCGGACUUCAUCAUGCCAUGUCGAUGCCUGCCACACCGACGCAAUCCCAGUCCCGCCAUCAUCGGCUUUCACAAAUACCACCAGGGUCGGGAGGCGCGUAUAUUGAAGUGGCCGCGAGCCCGAGAAGGACCGCUGUUCAGGAGCGCGAGGCCAUCUUGUACCGCCCCAGGAGCAGGGAUGGUGCCACAAGCAUUCCCAGGCGGGUCAGCGGCGAGAUGUCGUCAAGCAUGCCUACAGGGCCAUCCUCGGGCAAGAGCAGGUUGCCUCGUCACUCGUUUGCAAGACCCAGCAGCGCAUCUGGGCAACCCCCCUUAAUCAGAUCCGAGAGUUCCCUGUCGAAUAAAGAGAACCUCAGCAGAAACACAUCAGCCGUGUCAGCACCGGCUGCGUCACCUGUGCUACCGACGAGUAUGGCCAACAAGCGGCGAAGCAGAGCUCCAAGUUCGGACGUCAAAUGGUCAUCAUAG